UCGAAAAGGGUUUUAUGAGUCUAAUUUUGUGAGUCACACGUUGCAUUCUUUAAACGUAUUACCACAAGUUGCCAACGAUGACAUAUAACCAUGACGGAAUGCCAGACCAACAAUUUCUUUGGGAUGUGUUUCAAAGAGUCGAUAAAGACAGGAGUGGUCAUAUCUCUGCUGAUGAGCUACAAGUGGCCCUUUCAAAUGGUACAUGGUCUGCGUUUAAUCCCGAAACUAUCCGUUUAAUGAUUGGAAUGUUUGAUCGAGAUAAUAGAGGGACCGUAUCUUUUCAAGACUUUGGAGCAUUGUGGAAAUAUGUGACGGAUUGGCAAAAUUGUUUUCGAUCAUUCGAUCGUGACAAUUCAGGGAACAUAGACAAAGCUGAACUGAAAACAGCACUGACAUCAUUUGGUUAUCGUUUAUCCGACCACCUAAUUGAAGUACUGCUUAGAAAAUUUGAUCGCUUUGGACGUGGGACAAUUCUUUUUGAUGAUUUUAUUCAAUGUUGUAUUGUCCUUUAUGUUGUAAAUAAGUCGGAACGGGAAGAAUAAGUCGACCAUAUCACGUAGCUUCUAAAAAUAAGUGAAACAAAUUCAUAAUUUCGUUGUUUUUAACAUGGAGGAAGGAGUCCAUUAUCAUAUAUUUACCAUAAGAAAGAUAACAAAAUGUUGAGAAAAUUCGAUAUAUCUUUAUUGUUUUUAACACAUACACACAAACUCUCUUUCAUAUUGAAAUAUUUUUUUUAACUGCAUUCCUUAUUUCAAAAUUAACAUCCCCGUAUAAAAAUAUUACUUUUCUACUAACUGUGUUUUAAGUUGACCCUAUUCGCCGCCCAAUAAAUCAAAGUUAGAAAAUGUUA